AUGGCUGUCGUUCUAUCUUCAGAGGAGAACACCUACUUCUCCUCAUCCAACCUGCGACGUUCGCACUCACAACCAAAGUUCGUCACAAAACAAUCGAGCUUCCACUCGGCUCCUGCCCCCAGCCAUAUCAGCGACGUAUUUGCAGACGCCAAGGUGUAUCCCGACUCAGCACCAUCGUCUGCCCCUUCAUCCCCCAGGACCAUUCACGCCGAAUCUACCGACCUCUCUUGCUCCUCAACACCUGCCAGCAAUGUCUCCAUUGCAUCCGAUUGCGACGACACAUUAGACCUCGCGGUGCACGCCAACGACCACUUCGUCAUUCCCCACUAUGAGGAGUCUGGCUAUUUUGACCAAGUUGAAGAAGACCUGGAAGCACCAGCAAGUCCCCGGACUGGUGACUCGUACACUGUCUCACCCGUCGACAACGACACCGAUGGAAACACUUCCAGACCCAACACCCCAGAGUUCAUUUUGGAUGUAGAACAUGCAGAAGACGAUACCGCUGUUCGAGUACAACCCUCGCGUCACGUUGACUAUCUCUCGCACAACUGGAAAGAGGAGGAUAUCUGGUCGUCAUGGAAGUUCAUCGUGUCCCGGAGGUCCGAAUACAGCAACGCGGCUCGCUUAGAAAACGCAUCAUGGAGGACCUGGAUGAAGUCGAAGAACAAGCUGAAAACCGUCUCCCCCGAGACCUUGAACUGGCUCAAGGAUUGUGAUGUUACCUGGCUUUAUGGACCAUUACAGACGGGUCCAAACACCCUGAACCCCAUCACCACCGACCCCAACAGCGCCAGGCUUACCAAGAAUAACUCGUUUGUCAACAAGAAGCCUAUCCUCAAGAAGAGGAGUAUGUCGGAAGUCAUGCUACAGAGGUCAUUAUCCGCGUCUUCUUUGCUGAAGCAGGCUGCCGCGGCAGUCCAAGCCCAAGAAAAGGACGGACGGAGACGUUUGGCUCGACCAACACUGGAGCGAGCCACCACAGACUACGUCACGUUUCCAUUCUCAUCGAGAAGACUGAGUCGCGACAGCUCCAACCUGUGCCCGUCAAGUACAUCAUCCGGCAUCAUCUCUCCCUCCAGUGAGAAGAAGCACAUCCACUUCAACGAGCAGGUGUCUCAAUGCAUCGCAGUUGAUAUCAAGGGCGACGAUGAUGAUGAUGAUGACGCAGACACUGAGCGCUACGACAACAGCGACUCGGACGAAGGAGCUAUCAUGAUGAAGAGAUCCCGAACAAAGAAGAAGGCACCCCUGCUCAGAAAAAAGUCGUCAAAAGCUGCCGCUGCCGCUGAGGGCAAGACGAUCGCGAUGUUGCCGUCGACCACUCUUAAGUACCGCGAAGAUACUCCCGAGCCACAAGAAACAGCCAUGAAGCACAGCACUUCGUACAGAAGCCCCGUCAUGUCGCCAUCCUCAUCUCAAGAAACUCUUCGACCUUGCAAGGGUUCUGGGAAGUUUUUCUUUGAUGAUGAUGACGAUGAAGAGGAGGAAGCCGUUUCCAUGGGUUGGCAGUCACCAACAAAAACCGACGACAAAUCCACAGGCUUACAACGAUCAUCGUCCACCAACAGUCUGAACGCCGAACCAGCUGGCAUGCGUCGGACCUCGUCAGGUAUGUUCAUGCCAUAUGAAGAGGGGGAAUCAUCUUCCAACGAAGGAAUCAUCGGCCGGGUCAUUGAUACAGUUAAUACAGCCCGGGAUAUUGCUCAUGUUAUUUGGAACGUUGGAUGGAGGAAGUAA